CCCUCCGCCGGCCGUCCCGUACCGUUCGCCAGUGGCGUACGCUCCCUCGGUCCUUGUGGUGGUCGUUCGUCGGUGCUGCCGGUGCUCGUGUCGUGGUCGACCCUGUCUCGGAUGCCCUCCGGCAUGUGUGCUCGCUGUCGGCUCUCGGCGUGCCGUCGCCGCCGCCUCCGCUGCCCGUCCGUCAGCCCCCGGAUGCCCGGAUUUUGGCCCUGAGCGAGAGUGCGCGACCGCGAUGGUGCUGGCGACGAGAGACGACGUGGUCGGCGGUGCGCGGCCGUCGACGUGCCGGUGUGUCGGCGGGGCGACGAGGACGCGCGACGCCGUGUCGCCGCAGUGUAGCACGACGUGCGCCUGCCGCUGCUGCUGCUGCGAGUCGCCCGGAUGCUGCUGCUGCCCCAGCUUCAUGCUGCUCGAGCCCCCUGCCAGGAGCCUAGGAGGCGCUGGGUCGUGCGUGUCUUCGGCGGCCUGGGCGGCCAAGGCCUUCCCGGUGCCGGACAAGAGGAUGGCCUUGGCCAGCCCCCCCGGAUGGCUCGUGCUGGUCGUCCUCGCCGCCGCUCUACUCCGGAUAGCAGAUGGUUGUUCUUCGCGAUCCACUCCGAAGCCUCGGGCGCCCCAGUCCACGGUGCGGCCCAACAUCACAUUCCAGACGUACACGUGCCCGGAAGCGUAUGCAAAGUGGUACUGCCUCAACGGAGCCACCUGCUUCGCCAUCAAGAUCGGAGAAUCUAUCCUCUACAACUGCGAGUGUGCAGACGGGUACAUGGGGCAGAGGUGCGAGUUCAAAGACCUCGACGGAACUUAUCUGCCAACGCGGCAGCGUGUACUUAUAGAAAAGGCGGGACUUGCAGGCGGAGUGACGCUGGCCGUGCUACUGGUCUUUCUGAUCGUCGUCUUUGUAUACCUCUACUACAGACGUAGAAAAGACAAAACCUACUUUGAUGCGCCCGAGGAGCCCAAGCUGUUCUUCUGUGGCAAGCCGAGGAACGGAACUCGGGACAUCCAUCCUGUCCUCAAGCAGACGGAUCUCGAGCGAGGACCCUGCGACCGGUCGAGGCGCACCAGCAGCUAAGGUGCCCGGCGGAGGGCCCCCGCCACCGCCUUCGUCGUCGCCGCGAGUCCGUGCGUCCACCCUCCUCCCGAGUGACGGCCGACGGGGACGCUCCUCCGCUUCGUCGAGUGAUCUGCCGCGCCGAGACGAGGAAACGGCGCUACCGUUGCGCCAUUAUUAUUAUUUAAGUUUUUUUAGGACAAACUCUUCCAAAACGCCGCCCUCGCAGAGACUCGCCGGUGCAAGGAUCGGCCGACCCUCCCCCGUUUGUUGGACAUUUUCUGGGGGAGGCACCUCCGCUCCACGGGCGCUCGGUUGGCGGGGUUACGGGUGUUGCGCGUUGUUGUAGGUCUCAAAAGGCGGCAAAGCCUUUGCGUUAUUCCGACCAUUUUUUUUUAAACCCCCGGCAUUGAGAACAUUCCCACGUGCCGUCUGCCCUUCUGCCGGCGGUGCCCCGGGGGAGGCUCGUGUGUAUUGCGAGCCCCUCUCUGCCGCUCGCUUGGAGAACGUCUGACCGUGAAACCUUCUCUCGUUUCUGUGCCGAUCCGGAGUGUCCGAUGAGAAUGUCUAAAGGGGGAGACCCCGCGGUUGCGACGAGGCGGGGGAGGACGCGGUUGACUGCUUUCCAGGGGAAAUUCUCGCUAGCGCAUUCGACCAUCGUGCUGCCGUCCUGUUGAGUGUGUGUGUGUGUGCGUGUAGAUAGUGUACAUACGGUGCGAGUUCUUUGCGAAGAAAAAGAGAAAAAAACAAUCACUGGCUGCCCUCCUUUGUUUCUUGUUGUCCUCUUUGUUUGUGUGGCUGGUCCCUUCGGAAGGAAGAAGCGACACUAAACGGAGCUUCGGGGCAGCGGCGUUCGUUGGCACGGUUCCACGUGUAAUUUAUAGGGGGGGGGGAACAAAAAUGGCCGCCCCUUCCUCGAUUUCCAGCCUCUCUCCCUCCUUCUCUUGCCCUUCUUCGGGACAGUGAAAACAGAACGGAGGAAUGCGGAAUCGACACCGAAUGUGUCCAGUCCUGGCUUCUAAGCAACAUUCGUUUGCCGUUUUUUUUUUUUUUAAGGCUCGGGAGAAACUGCAACACUUGCACACAUUUCCACGGAGGGGGGGGCUAAUCCUUUCAGUUCCUAUUGUCGUCGGGCUUCUGUAUAUUUAAAGAAAGAAAAAGAAAAGAGGAUCUUGUUGAAAAUGGAUGUAAUCUAAAGAAGGAAGCAAUUGUUUACACUAUGUUAUUGUUCAUGUUUGACGUUCUUCUGGAAGCUGUGGUGACCCUGUGAAAAGCUUUUUUUGCCCGAAGCGUUGAAUCCGAGGUUGUGCAGUGGCCACCCUUCUGUCCCAAGCAGUUGGCUGGCCUGUUUUUCAUUGACGUUACAACUGCUUCACCAGUUCAAAUCUCUGCACCAAGCCUGUUAAGCAGACUGUUGGAUGACUUUAGCGAAACCAAAAGAAACCUUGGGAAUCUGAGUGAGCGCACUGAAUUAGGGAACCUUAGGCAACAUCACGUAUUGAAUGGCUGUGCAUGAUUUUAUCUAGUCCUCUGUCUCUCCUUGCAGACUGGUUCAAAUGGUCCCGUGUAUUGUAUAAAACAAAUGCUGAACCCCUCGCUUCUCCCAGCCCUUUUCCUCCAGUGACUUUCACUCGAAAAUUGUCCGCCCUCUAUUUGAAGGCUCAGACCAAAGCUGAUGAUAACUUAGGUGCAUCUUGUUUAUUUAUGAGGAAAAAAACGUCGUGAUGUGUAGAUUUGUUUUUGGACAGGGCUACAAGCCCUCUGUCCAAGGUCGCAGAGAAUAAAAGUCAUUUGUAACAA